CUCCGUCGUGCCCCCCCAUCCAAAAAAAGCGAGUCGAGCCGACAAAACCCGUUCUGCUCCGUCGGGGACACGUUGUUUGUUGCCGCUGCCCUCAUCCAAACGUUCGCGGCGCCGUUUUUCUACGCUUAAAAGAAGACGGAUCGGAUUUUCAGUACCAACUAGAAAGUCCAGUUCGACCGAACGAGAUGUCACAGGAGCAUGACAACAAACGUGCCGUCCUGGUCCUGCAGAACGACUCCAACUAUGGCGGUCAGCGUCGCUCCUUCACCACAGAGGACGAAGCCUGGAAGUCGUUCCUGGAGAACCCCCUGACGGCGGCCACCAAGGCCAUGAUGAGCAUCAACGGGGACGAGGACAGCGCCGCCGCUCUGGGCCUUCUUUACGACUACUAUAAGGUGCCCCGGGAAAAAAGAACAAUAACCCAAGGCAAACCAGAUGCUUUGGUCUCUGAUGUGGAUCCCAACAAAAGGCACCACCUUCAGACGCCACAUGGCAUCCCUACUCUUCCAGAGACCAGUAUGGAGAACAGGAUCCAGGUCCUCAAGGGGCCCUUCAACAUUCUCCAGCUGGCUCAGGACAAAAGGAACCAGUUCCCAUCACCAGACACGACGGUCACAGUGUCCAUCGCCGCCCUGCAGAACUACCCGCACGUCAAGACCGAGGUGCCCAUCCACAGUUUGACCGUGCCCAACAGCUGCGCCGAAACCGACGGCCACGUGGGCGUCUUCGACCGCCCGCAGCUGGCCCACAACUCGGUCCAGUUCAGCCCCAGCACGCAGUCCCGCACGCCCCCGGACUCCACCUUCUCGGAGAGUUUCAAGGACAGUUCCCAGGAGGUGUUUUCUUUCCCUGGCGAACUCCAGUUACGUAUGGGCUCCAUGACGCCUGAGGACUACGCUCAGUUCGACACUGUGCCGGGAAAUAACUUCGAGUACACCCUUGAAGCGUCCAAAUCCCUGCGGCAGAAGACAGGCGACGGGACCAUGACGUAUCUGAACAAGGGCCAGUUUUACCCAAUCACCCUGCGUGAGAUUGACAACAAAGGCCUGCAGCAGCCCAUCACCAAAGUCAGGAGCGUGGUCAUGGUCGUGUUCGGAGAAGAGAAGUGUCGAGACGACCAGCUGAAACACUGGAAGUACUGGCACUCAAGACAACACACGGCCAAGCAGAGAUGUCUCGACAUCGCUGACUACAAGGAGAGCUUCAACACCAUUGGCAACAUCGAGGAGAUCUCCUACAAUGCCAUUUCCUUCACCUGGGACACAAACGAAGAGGCCAAAAUCUUCAUCUCGGUCAACUGCCUGAGCACGGACUUCUCGUCCCAGAAGGGCGUCAAGGGCCUCCCUCUCAACCUGCAGAUCGACACGUACAGCUACAACAACCGCAGCAACAAGCCCAUCCACCGGGCCUACUGCCAGAUCAAGGUGUUUUGCGACAAGGGGGCCGAGAGGAAGAUCCGAGACGAGGAGAGGAAGCAGUCCCGCAGGAAAGGCAAGGUGGCCGACCUCAACCCGGGCCUGUCCUUUGUGGAUGUCAAAGUGCCGAUCCUGCAGAAACGCAACGACGUGACCAUCUUCAAGAUGAUGAACGAUCUUGAGACCCAGCCCGUGCUUUUCAUACCUGACAUUCACUUCGCCACCUUUCAGCGUCAUUCUUUCGCGGCGGAAGAUGGAGAAGACAGCUCUGGCAUGAAGAGGUUGCCCUUCAGUGACGACGAGUUCGGCUCGCCACCCAAUAAGAUGCCCAGGGCCGAGGAACCCAAGAAAGUCCUGCUGUACGUACGCAAGGAGACAGAGGAAGUGUUUGACGCCGUCAUGUUGAAGAAUCCUACCCUAAAAGGCCUAGUGGACGCUAUUUCAGAGAAAUACGACUUGCCGUUGGACAAGGUUGGAAAAGUCUACAAGAAGUGCAAGAAAGGGAUUCUGGUGCACAUGGAUGACAACAUCAUUAAGCACUACUCCAAUGAAGACACCUUCCAGAUCUCCAUGGAGGAGAUGGGCGGCAUGUACAAGCUCACCCUCACUGAAAUCUGAUUGGGAGGGCGGAGGAUAAAGAACGGUUUACACUAUGCAGUGAUGAUGGACUUGUAUCACAUUACAAGGCAAAAACCAAACGAAGAAGUGCUAUUUUAAAAAAGCAAUAUAGCUCUUAAUGUGCCACAUCGUUGGUUAAUUUCAAGGAAUGUCAGGAGCGUUCUUCCUUGUCUCCUUUUUUGUGUUUUGUACAAAGCUUCUGUGGUGCUGCUAUACCUCAUUCUCCCAUUGUGAAAAGCAGCAUAUUGUGAGGAGGAACAGCUCAUUUUAAUCAAGCCAUAAGCACUGAUGAUUACAACCGGUUCUGAUGAAUAUUUUGGGUUGCAAAAUGAGCCCAAGAUUGGAGAAUGAAUAUGCAACGUAUUCAUGAAAUAAAAGUUAAAAAAUGGCAGUAUUUAGCGUGUAACAAUCGCCACUGUAAAAUUGGGGUUGACAUUUUUACAUUUUUUUAAGAAAAAGACACUUGUUGUUUGAGAGUGAAAUGGCUUAAAUGUCUGACCAAUUGAAGUAAGAGCCUCUUAGUAUUAUUAAAUAGAAGGCUAGAAUGCAUCUUCCAUUUAAAAUGACAAAAAGCAACAAUAAUUAAUUAUUUGGUCAGAUAAAGUCCUCAUGCCGUUGUGGAAGUGCAAUAUGACAUUUGCGUUCAGAAAAAAAAUGUUAUAACAACAUGAAAAUAUUGUACAUAUCCUUUCAAAAAACCUCCUUUUAGCUUCUGAUCUUCUUACGAUUGCAGUACUUAAUUGUGUAUAUAUUUAUUAAGAGAAGGGUUGUGGGUUUUUUGGCUUUACAUACAUAUAUUCAGAUGUCUAUCACGGCUAAUAUAAUGUUUUUAUAUGGAUUUAUUCUUACAUAAAGUGUCAAGGGACAAGAAGUUUUUCAUUUUAAUGGAGGCUCUGC